ACCGUUCAAUUUUGCAUGCAGUAAUGAGGGAAUGGAGGAACCAGACCAAGAACCCGCCCAGGGACUUGCAAACGAACCACGAGAUGAUGCUCCUCAUCAUCGAAGGGAAUGGCAUAAUCAUGAUUCUCCUUUUAAUGGACAAGAACCUCACCAAUGGCACAGGGAACCCCAGAAUCGGUUUUUACCGUUUCACCAGAAGGACAACAUGACUUGGUUCGAACCACCUGAGCGCCAGUUCUUCCGUCCGCCCUUGAUUCCUCAUCCACCGCAGGGCAUGAGACCCUGUUUUCCCAACCAGAGCGUCAGAGGAUUCCACUUCGGACAUUAUCCACCUCCGCUUCCCUCCUACAGUUUCGGCGAACCAUACCACAAUCCACACGCGCCUCCAGAGGGAUUCACGAGACCUCCAGGGCCUCACCGAAAACUUCGACAUAGACACAGGAAAGGUCCGAAAGAU